AUGGCGUCUUCGAUUGUGAAUGGAGCUGAAAACUUCACUCUCCUUAGAGGGUUUGGCAUAGCUCCACGAGGGUUAGGCAUAGUGGGUUCAGAUUUGCAGGGGAAGAUCUUCCCUAAAUUGAAUCUAGUCUAUGUCAAUAGGAUGUCUAGGUGUGCAACAAUGGCGCCUAAGUGCAGCCUAUCUGCCUCCAGACCUGCUUCCCAGCCCAGGUUUAUACAGCACAAGCAGGAGGCAUUCUGGUUUUAUAGAUUCCUGUCUAUUGUCUACGACCAUGUGAUAAACCCUGGCCACUGGACUGAGGACAUGAGGGAUGAUGCCCUCGAGCCUGCUGACCUCAGUGACCGGAGAAUGAUUGUGGUGGAUGUGGGCGGUGGUACUGGUUUCACCACUCUAGGGAUUGCGAAGCACGUUGAUGCAAAAAAUAUCACCAUUCUGGACCAGUCUCCGCAUCAGCUGGCAAAGGCCAAGCAGAAGGAGCCUCUAAAGGAAUUUUAUCCUACAUUUUGGAUGUCUCGCUUCUUUGCGGAUGUCUGGAUGCUCUUCCCAACGGAGGAAGAGUACAUAGAGUGGUUUACGAAGGCUGGCUUUAAGGAUGUUCAGUUGAAGAGGAUUGGCCCAAAGUGGUAUCGUGGUGUUCGUCGGCAUGGACUUAUCGUGGGAUGUUCAGUCACAGGUGUUAAACCUGCAUCUGGAGAUUCUCCUUUGCAGCUUGGUCCAAAGGCUGAGGAUGUGUCAAAGCCGGUAAAACCAUUUGUGUUCUUGAUGCGCUUCCUUUUGGGUGCCAUGGCUGCAACAUAUUAUGUAUUGGUGCCAAUCUACAUGUGGAUCAAAGAUCUGAUUGUGCCCAAAGGUAUGCCCAUCUAAGGAGAAGAAGAAUCCUUUGAGUUGUAUCUUCGUAUGUGCUCUUCUUUCCACACUUGUGAACCUUUCUUUGAGAUGUAGUUGUGCGGUUUUGGAAGCUGUCAAAGUAGUUGCGACUUGUGGGAUCACAUGAAUGUUGAUGUAGCCUAUCUUUCUCAGAACGAAAGCCACACCAGCUAUUUAAUGUAAAGCAGGCUAAUAAGUUCUUUCAUGUCUCUUCAUUGUUGAAUAUCAUAUGGUGAUUUCAUCAACGAUAUACCAAGCUACGCAUUAUAACACUAGCUAACAGAUGAAUUGAUCUAUCAGAGUUGGAAGGAAAUUUUUGGAGACCUUUUUAUGAAC